AUGAUAUUUGACCUGACAGUCACUCCUGGAGAGGUGGCCACUUCUCUCAUAAUUUUAAUGAUGGUUUUAAUUUUAGUGAGAGGACUUGGGAACAAGAGCAGAAAACAGGUGUCUCCUCCUGGCCCAUGGCCUCUUCCCAUCAUAGGAAAUCUUCUCCAACUUGGAGAGCAUCCUUACCUUACAUUUAUGGAGAUGAGGAAGAAAUAUGGAGAUGUCUUUCUCCUCAGACUUGGCAUGGUGCCUGUUGUGGUGGUAAAUGGAAUGGAAACGGUGAAGCAAGUACUACUCAAGGAUGGAGAGCAUUUUGCAGGCAGACCAAACAUGCAUACAUUUUCUUUCCUGGCAGAAGGAAAGAGUCUUUCAUUUUCAGUGAAUUAUGGUGAGAGUUGGAAGCUUCAUAAAAAAAUUGCCUCUAAUGCUUUACGAACUUUUUCUAAAGCAGAAGCAAAAUCUUCCACCUGCUCUUGCCUACUUGAGGAACAUGUCACCGAGGAAGUUUCUGAGCUGGUGAAAGUUUUUGUCGAGUUGACUUCCAAGAAUGGCAGCUUUGAUCCCAGAAAUGCGAUUACCUGUGCAGUAGCUAACGUUGUUUGUGCUCUUUGCUUUGGCAAGAGAUAUGACCACAGUGAUGAGGAGUUUCUUAAAGUAGUUAAAACAAAUGAUGACUUACUCAAGGCUUCCAGUGUAGCUAACCCUGCAGAUUUCAUACCAUGUUUCCGCUACCUUCCGCUGAAGAUAAUAAAUGCUCCCCGGGAGUUUUAUCAGGCCCUGAAUCGGUUUAUUGCACUACAUGUACAAGAUCAUCUUACUACAUAUGAUAAGGACCAUAUGCGAGACAUUACCGAUGCUCUGAUUAAUACAUGCCACAACAAAUAUGCUGCUACCAAAACAGCCACUUUAAAUGACAAUGAAAUCAUAAGCACCGUGAGUGACCUCUUCGGAGCUGGGUUUGAAACAGUAUCAACAUGUCUAUAUUGGAGCUUUCUUUAUUUGAUACACUAUCCAGAAAUCCAAGCCACAAUUCAAGAAGAAAUUGAUAGAAACAUCGGACUGAAACCACCCACAUUUGAAGACAGGAAAAGUUUACCAUACACUGAAGCUUUCAUAAAUGAAGUAUUCAGAUAUGCCUCCUUUCUUCCUUUUACUAUUCCACAUUGUACUACAGCAGAUACUAUCCUGAAUGGCUACUUCAUUCCCAGGAAAACGUGCACCUUUAUUAACAUGUAUCAAGUAAACCAUGAUGAAACUAUUUGGGAUCAUCCCAAUUUAUUUAGACCUGAGAGAUUUCUAAAUGAAAACAGAGAACUGAAUAAAAGUGUCGUUGAGAAAGUUUUGAUAUUUGGAAUGGGAAUUCGGAAGUGUCUGGGAGAAGACGUUGCUCGCAAUGAGAUAUUCAUCUUCCUCACCACCGUCCUGCAACAACUCAAGCUGCAAAAACAUCCCAGAGCGGAGCUCGACCUGACGCCCACGUACGGAUUAACCAUGAAGCCCAGACCAUACCAACUCCAGGCAGAGCUCCGCUCCUCAAGUAGUUCAUCUGCUUAG